AUGUUUAAGUGUGAAGAAAGUUCUUAUAUUCUGAGAGUAAUAGUCAUUCUGAUAAUGGUAACCUGUACAGAUGACGUCGACUUAAAGGGGUUAAGCUAUCCAUCCGACGUCGAAGUAGAUGAGUGUCAAAUGCAGCAGCAUACUGUCGAUGAAUGCAUCGACGGGGACAAGUACGUGAACUGUAACUGCUGCAAUCUUCGAGCACUAUUUACUCAUUACUGA